AGUAAAUAAAUAAACAUUUUGUCUUGAUAAACUAUUAUGCAGAAUACAGUUUAAAAUGAAACUGCUAACAGCUGUGGCCAUUUUGGGCUUUCUCAUACCUCUGAUUGAGGCCCAGGGCAACUCCUCAGAUCUUUACUCAGAGUUUGAACUGCGAGUAGAUGAAUACCUAACAGAGACAGCUCGGAAAAAUGGUUGCGAUAUCUAUGUAGAAUUAGUAAGGCUGUACUUAGAGGAUGCUGAACUUUUUUGUGAAGAAGCAAUUUUUGAAGAAGUAUCUAAAGUGAAUGCUCACACAAAUAGUGUUGAUUUCUAUCUACAUGCAUUUGGUUUCAUUCUUCAUCAUUUUUGGGACAAUCCACUUCUUUCAACCGAGAUAAAACGUGAAAUAGUGAAUGCUGUAAUAAAUAUACCCUUGUUUUUAUCCUACCCUGGCGAGCUUAAUAACAUGCAAUACUGGUCAGAAAACCACCAGAUUGGAUGGUAUGCAGCUGAAUAUCUGAUUGGAACUGGGCUAUCUAGCAAACCAGAGUUAUCAAACACCAUAUUCCCGUCCUCUGGAAAGACAGCAGCCUACCAUGCUGAUAUGGGACGCUACAGGGUUAUGAGAUGGCUGGACUUCAGGCUGAAGUAUGGAUUUUCUGAAUUCAAUUCUGAUACUUAUGGGCCUAUUGCAUACAAGGCUCUAGUAUCUGUGGUUGCUUGUGCUCCAGAUCAAGAUGUAAGAGAGAAGGCAUCUAUUGUAAUGAAUCUUCAGCUGUAUGACCACAUCCUUGGAAGUCAUGGUAUAAAGCUGGCCACAGCUAGAGGUCGAGCUUACAGUGAAAAAAAGCUAGGUCAAGGACAAUAUGGUCACAUGUGGCUCAUUAAGGGUAAAGGGACUGAAGACGAAAUUAUGAUUGAGUAUGGGUCUGCACAAUCAACAUAUUUCACCUUGGCAACUGUUAUGGGCAGAUACAGGAUACCAGAAACUUUAUUAAAAGUAACAUUUUUCUUAAAAUGAGAUUUUUAUAAAUUAUCUUUUGCACAGU